AUGGGGCUACUGUGGACCCCAUUCUCCCUUUAUAUUCUCUUGCUUGGGAAGCCGGCCUGCCUAAGGACCCAGGGCCACCCCAGCUGCCCAGAACCCGGGAGCUGGAAGCCAGCAAAACUGUCUUCCAGUUGUCCUGGAGCCCCAGGAAGUCAUGGAGAGAAAAGGGCUCCAGGCCCUUUGGGGAAACAUGGACCACCUGGCAAGAUGGGCCCUGGGGUGAGCCUGGGGCCCAGUGGAGUCGCCAGAGCUCCCGGGGUCCCACCCUUGGCCUGUUCCAUUGCCUGCAGGGUGAGGGUUGGGGACUGCCUUGGCAAUUCCUGUCAGCUCACCUCCCCUUCCAUAAGCCCCAGAAGCUGUCAGGAGCUGCUGAGCGGGCCUGCCACAUUGAGUGGCUGGUGCUCUCUGACAAUGAAGGGCAGAGCCCCCCCAGCUUUUUGUGACGAAGACCCCAAAGAGGGCCGCUGGCUGGUGAGAGUCCUGGAAAACUGGCAACACAAAUUGCUGUGUUGGUUGGCCUUCUCUGCCUCCCUAAGUGUUCCAGAAGUAACAGGAUGGUUCUGCUCUUGGUCCUACAAAGCAGGUUUUGGGAGCCAGGAGUCUGAAUUCUGGCUGGGGAAUGAGAAUUUGCACCAGUUCACUCUGCAGGGGACCUGGGAGCUGCAGGGGGAGCUGGAGGACUUUAUUGGCAACCACACUUUUGCCCACAAGGAGGCCUCCUGCCUCCCUGGGGAGUCAGAUCGCUUCCAGCUGGGGGGCAAGUUCUCAGAGGGCACAGCAGGCACUGGGAAGCCCUUUACCACCCAUGAUGCAAGCAAGAGCAAGGGUGCUGUGAUUGUCUGUGGUGCCGGGUGGGGCGGAUCGAGCCACCAGUCCAGUUUCUCGGAGGCCACCGCCCCCAAGUAUGGCACCGACUGGGCCUCAGGCCAGGGCGUGGGCCACCCUUACCGCAAGGUUCACAUGAUGCUCACCAGGAUAACCUGGCAGCAGCCACUGGCUCCUGCCCCUCCCCGGGUGCCCACAGCCGGGCGCCCGACACCUGAGCGCCCCCGCACGGCAGGGCCGUGCUUGCGGUCCGGAGCCCUGGAGCGCGCUGGCAGCUGCUGGCAGGACCCGCUGGCCGAGGCGCUGAGCCGGGGCCGGCCCCAUGCCGCUCCCCCGGGCCGGGGCUACGCGCGAAGCCGGCCGCUCAGCGUGGUCUACGUGCUGACCCGGGAGCCGCAGCCCGGGGUGGAGUCCGAGGCGGAGCCGCUGCCCCUGCGCUGCUUGCGCGAGGCCUGCGCGCAGCUCUCCGGGCCGCGGCCGCGACCGCAGCUGCGCAGCCUGCCCUUCGGGACGCUGGCGCUGGGAGACACAGCGGCGCUGGAUUCCUUCUACAACGCGGGUGAGCUCGUGCUGGGGGCGGGCCGGGGCCGGGCUUAG